AUGUUCGCCGCCGCUCGCACGUUCACCACCGCCGUCGCCCCGCGCGCGGCGCCGACGCACCGCGGACGCGCCGUGAGCGCGCGCGCGGAGAAGCCGUCCUGGGCGCCCGGGUUCGACACGCCCAAGUACCUCGACGGAAGCAUGCCGUGCGACUACGGGUUCGACCCGCUCAAGCUCGGCGAAAAGCCGGAGAACCUCGCGCGCUACCGCGAGGCGGAGCUCAUGCACGCGCGAUGGGCCAUGCUCGGCGUCGCCGGUGUGAUCGCGGUUGAAGUGGCCGGUCAAGGUGACUGGGUCAGCGCGCAACCGACGACGUGGGAUGGUACGGCGAAGUACCUCGGUAACGAGACGCACGCGCCGUUGUUCGCCGUCAUCGGCGUCAACACGCUCCUCAUGGCGUUCGCCGAAUCCCGACGCGGUGCCGCCUCGGCGGAAGAGCGCUUGUACCCGGGCGGCAAGUUCGACCCCAUGGGCAUGUCCAAGGGCAAGGACUUUGAAACCUUGAAGCGCAAGGAACUCGCCAACGGUCGCGUCGCCAUGAUGGCCUUCUUCGGCGUCAUGGCCCAACACCAAGCGGCCGGUCCGGGCGGUCCGGGCCCCGUCGCGGCGCUCUUGGCGCACAUCGCGGACCCGUGGCACGUGAACGUCGGCACCAACGCGGCUGCCAUCCCGUGGUUGUCCACCGCCGGCGCCCCGCUCGGCUUCUGAGCGACGAUUUUGCGUUCUCCCUAG